UGUUGUAUUUUUUUUUUACCAUGGAAUAUAAACUGCAUUUUAAAACAUGAUUUUUAGGCUUGAUUGUGAUGUUUAUGUUAUUCCUUUGAAAGUUGUUUUUUAUUUUGAAUUUAAUUUUAAAAUUCAUAUAGCCCUUUUCUAAAUCUUUCAGUAGCAUAACAUUAAUUAAAUUACUUAAAGAAAUAUGUCAUUAUGAUUAUUAUAAUAUGUGAACUUAUCAUUUGGAUUAGAUUAAAAGUGAUGGAUAAAAAGUGGACAAAACUACCAAGGUUUAAUAGAGACUAUAUCAAUGGUGUUGAGUCAUUCUUAGACUUUGCCUAUAGUAAAGGAAGACCUCAAGGAGAAGAGAUUUUAUGCCCCUGUGCCAAGUGUGGAAAUUGUUGUUGGGAAAAAAGAAAUGUGGUUUAUAAUCAUUUAAUAGCUAUUGGAUUUGUGGAAGGCUACAAUGUUUGGGUACACCAUGGCGAACGAAUAUCAAGGCCAAUGGAAAUUGACAAAGACAUAGAAGAUGAAGAGGACUCACGUGAUGACAUCGAUUGCUUAUUGUAUGACACUUUUAGAAAUGUGGUAGAAACAGAGGGAGUUAACAAAGGUCUUAAUAAAGAUGCUAGAAAAUUCUACAAUUUGAUUGAUGAGGCAAAACAAGAACUUUACCCAGGAUGUAAAAAUUUCUCUACGUUAUCUUUCAUAAUUCGAAUGUACUUGUUGAAAUGUCUACAUGGGUGGAGCAAUGCAUCAUUCACUGCUCUCUUGGAGUUACUCAAAGAAGCCAUUCCUGAUCUAAAUAUUCCUGAAACUUUUAAUAAAGCAAAGUCCAUGAUUAGAGACCUUGGCCUUGAUUAUAAAAAGAUUCAUGCAUGUCGAAAUGAUUGCAUGUUAUAUUGGGGAGACUAUGAGAAUGACAAUUCUUGUAGAUUUUGUGAAGCUUCACGAUGGAAAGAAUUCCCCCAAGUUGACAGUAAGCUUGAGCAACGAAAAAAUGAGCACAAAGUUCCAGCAAAAAUUUUGAGACACUUUCCAUUGAUUCCAAGGCUUCAAAGGUUGUUUAUGUGUUCAAAGACAGCUAACUCAAUGAGGUGGCAUGAGGAAGAGCGCUCGAAGGAUGGGAAGCUCAGACAUCCUGCUGAUGGCCAGGUGUGGAAUGACUUUGAUAAGCUUCAUCCUGAGUUUUCUUCCGAGACUCGUAAUGUAAGACUUGGCUUGGCUAGUGAUGGAUUUAAUCCAUUUAGGACUAUGAGCUUAUCACAUAGUACAUGGCCUGUGAUGAUGGUUGUAUACAAUUUUCCACCAUGGAUGUGUAUGAAAUCUGAGUAUAUGAUGUUGUCUUUACUGAUUCCCGGACCUCAGUCUCCAGGAAACAAUAUCGAUGUGUAUCUUCAACCGUUGAUUGAGGAGUUGAAGGAAUUAUGGGAAUCAGGAGUAGAGACAUAUGAUGCUUCAAGGAAUCAAACAUUUCAAAUGCAUGCAGCUCUUUUAUGGACAAUUAGUGAUUACCCUGGGUAUGCUAUGUUGUCUGGAUGGAGCACAAAAGGAAAGUUGGCAUGUGCAUGUUGCAAUUAUAACACUUUUUCAAUCUAUUUGAAGCAUAGUCGAAAGAUGUGUUAUAUGGAUCAUCGUGUCUUUCUACCUAUGGGUCAUGUUUGGAGGGCUAAUAAGAGUGCUUUUAAUGGAAAACAAGAACAUAGAUCUGCACCAAGUUUGUUAAGAGGGGAGGAGAUAUUAGAAAUCUUAAAAGAUUUCAACAAUUUAUUUGGGAAAACCAAAAGACAAAAAAUUGAUGGCCCAUGGAAGAAGAAGUCAAUUUUUUUUGAGUUGCCAUAUUGGGCUGAGAAUCCAUUACGUCAUAAUCUUGAUGUAAUGCAUAUAGAAAAAAACUUUUUUGAUAAUAUUAUUGGGACUUUAUUGGAUAUCGCGGGCAAGACAAAGGAUCAUAUUAAGGCUCGUUAUGAUUUGCAAGAGAUGGGCAUUAGAAAGAAUCUUCAUCCAAUUGAUAUUGGUGGAGGUCGUGCAAAGUUUGUAAAAACAUGUUUCUCAAUGACUUCAGAAGAGAAGUCUACUUUUUGUGGUGUUUUCAAGGGCAGUAAGUUACCAGAUGGUAGUGCAUCAAACAUUUCAAGAUGUGUGCACAUUACUGAAAGGAAAAUAUCUGGUUAUAAGAGUCAUGAUGCACAUUUUAUGCUACAUUACUUACUACAGAUAGCAAUAAGAAGCACAAUGCCAAAUGCAGUGGCUCAUCCUCUAAUUCGUCUUGGUUGUUUUUUUCGCUCUUUGUGCCAAAAAGUUAUCCAAGUCCAUGAGCUAGACUACUUACAAGCAGAGAUUGUAGAAAUACUUUGUCAAUUGGAGAUGAUUUUUCCUCCUAGCUUUUUUGAUAUAAUGGUUCACUUACCUAUUCAUCUUUCCAAUGAGGUUAAAUUGGGUGGCCCGGUUCAAUUUCGGUGGAUGUAUCCUAUAGAAAGAUAUUUAUGUAAGCUCAAGAGUUAUGUUCGUAAUAGAAGCCAGCCAGAAGGUUCUAUUGCUGAGGGGUAUUUGGCUGAAGAGGCAUUGACUCUUUGCUCAAGAUAUUUACAUAAAAAUGUGGAGACAAGGUUGAAUAGAAAGAAUCGAAAUUAUGACAACAGUGAUUUGUGUGAAGUAGAUGCAGCUGAUUACUUCACAAGUAUUGGAUGUCCUUUAGGGGGGAAGAAAAAUGGGGAACCAUUUGCUUUGGACUUUCAAUCUACAGCCCAAGCCCAUCGAUACAUCUUAUUCAAUUGUGAAGAAGUUCAAGUCUAUAUCCGAGAGCAUGAUGAUAGUAUUAAUAGUCACACUAAAAAACGGAAGUGGGCUAAGGCAAAAGUGCAGAGUCAAGAUUUUAGUGAAUGGUUUAGAAAUCGGGCCAUGAAAAAUGAUGUAUCAUUUCAGCUCAAAGAAUUGUCAAGAGGACCAAAUACUAUUGCAAAGAGGUUUUCAGGCUACCUCAUUAAUGGAUAUAGAUUCCACACUAUGAAACGAGAUGCAAGAAGAAAAACUCAAAAUUCUGGUGUGACAUUGGUUUCGUUAACUCCUAGUUUUGCAAGCUCUAAGGAUGAAAAUCCCAAGAUAGAAUCUAUCCCUUAUUAUGGAGCAAUUACUGAUAUCAUUGAGUUAGAUUAUUAUGGCCACUUCAAUUUUGUGUUGUUUAGGUGUGAUUGGUUUGAGGUUGAAGAAGACAAAUAUGGACUUAUUUGUGUACACUUCAACAAAAGAUGUUAUCAAGAUGAUCCUUUUGUGCUAGCUUCUCAAGUCCAUCAAUGUUUUUAUAUCCAAGAUCCUUUUAAUGAAAAUAGGCAUUAUGUUAUGAAAACAAUGCCACGAGAUGUAUUUAACAUGAGUGAGCAGUUGGAGCCAAGAGGUGUAAAUGCACCAAAUGAUGAUGGUGAAUUUAACUGGGUUAGGGAAGAUAUACCCGCAACAAUCAUCGAGAAACCUUUGCAUGUUAUGCAAGAAGAAGAAUAUGAAGAAGAGUCUGAUUUUGAUGACACAUUGUUGGACUUCAUGGACUAAUGGAUACACAGUCUUAGAGGACUAAUUAUUGGACUUCAUGGACUUCUGUUACAGCAAGGACUGACCUGUUUCAAAAUAAAAACUGGUACAGCAUGCCAAACUAUAAAAUUCUAAAAUUUUAAUUAUGAAAAGCUUAGUGUCUUAGCUUUCUAACAAAAUUAACCCCAUGCUAUUUGGAGACCUAGAGCUCAAGUUAUGCAGUAGUUACUCUUUGGUGUCUAAGAGAGGAUGUGUACUCUGUUACAGCAAGGAUUGACUUGUUUUAAAAUAAAAACUGGUACUGCAUGUCAAACUAUAAAAUUCUCAUAUUUUAAUUAUGAAAAUUUUAGUGUCUUAGGUUUCUAACAAAAUUAACCCCAUGUUAUUUGGAGAUCUAAAGCUCAAGUUAUGUAGUAGUUACUAGUUGGUGUCUAAGGUUGAAUGUGAAAUCUGUUACAACA